AUGACAUCUUAAAAAAAGAAGACUUAAAAUGAUAGCUCCUAAUAUGUAGAGUAGGAAAGCCAUUUAAACGAUAAAAAUAACAACUACUAUGAAAAGUUGAUUAUGGAUAAAUAAUCAAAAGGCUACCAAAUUUUAAGAGAAUAUGUUUAUUACUAUGGGUAUAAUUUCUGCGAGCUUUGUCGCUUAGUUGAUGCUUAAGAUAGAUAAUUAAUUACUAAAUCAGAAUUCAGAUCCAUUUUAAACACAAAUAAAAUAGACUUUUAUUUAACAGCAGAACAAAUAGAAGAAAUCUUAACUGAUCUAUAGACUAAAUUUGAUGGUACAGAUCAUUAUAUUCCCUAUUAUGAAUGCUAUUAAUUAAUGAAAUCUUAUCCUCCAAAAACAAAGUUUGCUGUUGCUUUAAUGUUAGGAACAAAAAGGAAAAAUCCAGAAGAUCAUUAAUAUGAUUCAUGGGAAAAAGAAAUUGACAAAUAGAGGAGAAAUUUUUGGGAUAGGAGAGAACCUGGAGAAGACUGGGAUUUUAAAUACGAUGAUCUGACUAGGUUAGAAAUUUCAAUAAUGUAAUCAAAAAGAGAUGAGCAUGGUAACAUAGUAUAAGAAGAAGAAAACGAUGAAGAAGAAUACUAAAAUAAUAAAUCUUAAUACAGAUAAGCGACAGAAAACGAGCAGUAUGAAAAGAGUGUCAAGAAUCUUUAUAUGAUGAAUAAUGAAACUAUUUUAAAGAAUUUUGAUAUUAAAAUAGCCUAGUAAAUAGCUAAAAUACUAAAACCUUCCAACAUAGUCCAAUUUACCGAUGAAUAGAUAGAAAAAGUUUUCAGACAUAAUUUUGGAUAAGACUCAAAAAGGAUUGGACAAAUAUACAAAAUUAAACAUUAUUUUGAAGAUGACUUUUCUAAAGUUAUCUAAGAACACUUUAAGGAAUUAAAAUUAACUGAAGAUGAGAUAUCUCUCCUUCACUAUAGAAUUUGGGAAGACAAUAACUUUGCAUAAUUUACAUUUGAAACUUUAUCAAGAUGGGUUAUCAAAAAUAGAAAUUAAAAGCUAAGAGAGCUUAGAACUUUAGGUUUAAGUGAAUAAGAUUAAAGAAGAAUUCUUAAUAAAUAGGAGGCUCAAUCACCAAAAUUAUUUAAAUAGCUUGUGAAGUAUGCAUACAGCUUUGGAUUAAAUUUCUUAAUGACUUCCUUAAGCCCAAUAAUAGAAAGAGAUAAUUAUAUUUUAUUAAAUAAUAUUACUUUGUACUUUAAAAGCUUAGGCAUUUAAUUUGUUCCUCAAGAUAUCAAUGAUUUAAAAUUCUACCUAGCAAAUCAUGGUUGCAUUCAUUUGCAGGAUAAAAGCGAAUAAGGAUUUUUGAAUACAAGCUUAUUGCUAGAUACUAAAAAAUUGGUUGAUCUUAUUACUAGAGAAGCCCAAAAAAUUGCUAUGAAUAGUAUAGAUUUUAAAGCUGUAGGUAACAAAUCAAAAGAAUAAGCAAGAAGGUCUAUAUAAUCGAAAAUUGUAUAAGGUAUUGUAAAUAAACUAAGCCUUAAACUUAAAAUAUAUACAGAUGAGAAUGAUUUAAUAGAAGAAAUUAAACUAAGAAAAGUAGUUGCUGAUUAUUUUUCGGAAAUUGACUAGUCUGAUUUAGAUAUUGUUUUUAGCAAAUUACAAAAUAUUACUCAACCUUCUAAAUAUUAGAGCUAGAGAAAGAUAUAUUUACCUGAGCUUAUUGAUUAUUUACUUGGAGGACCUCUUUUUGAUGAUGUGCUAUUCUAAAAAAUUAAUGAUUUUGAAAAAAAUUAAAAGAUUAGGGAUUUAGGAAUAUCCAAUCAAUAAAAUAUUUAAUCAAAUAAUAAAGAAGGUGAAAAAUCAAAAUUAUUUAAGCAUUUAGUUCUUGAUAAUGAGAAUUUCUAGGAUACUCAAAUGAAUACUUAGGAAACAAACAAAAGUAUGCAUACAGGACAAGUUUCAUUUAAAAUAAAUUAAGAUUAAUAAAAUUAAAAUACACAAGAUAGCCAAUAGCACCUUGCAUAAUCAGAACCCAUCGAAGUUCCUAAAAAAUUUUUAGUUGUCACUAAAGAAUCAAUUUAAAAGUAGAUAAUAGAGUAAAAAAAAUAAUAGAAAGUUAAAAAAGUUUCGGAACAAAGUAAGUAAGGUAAUAAUGCCGUAGAUAAUCAAGUCAUCAGUUAAAACGACAAAAAUUAGCCUGAUUUAUAAAAUCAAAUUGAAUAUGAAGAUAUCCCUUGGAUACCUGAUUAUAGAAAAAUAGCUUUAGAUUAGCUUGGAGUAAAAGAAAAGCCUAAACCUGGCAUAGAUUACAUUAAAGGAGGUUUUAUUUAUGAAGAGAAUGAUGAUGCAUUUGUAGCUAAGCCAUUAGACGAUCGUUAAGUUGUAAAUAAAUUAUAUGAAAGCUUAAAAAGGAAAAUACUAGUUGGUUAAAGAGCUACCCUAAAAGAUUUUGAUGCAGUAGAUUAUGUACUUAUUUAGUUUAGAAAUAAGCUGUAAGCUAUGGAUGAGCAUUCAAAAGGUGCAAUAACUCUCUAAUAAUUCUAUAGCUUUAUUAAAUUAAACUUUCCAGAAUUUAGUCCUUAAGAGUGCUAUUAAUUAAGGUCAAUGGCAGAAGCUUAUUCAACAUAAAACCAAUAUUAAAAUGACUCUGAAAGACUCGUAAGCUACACUUAUUUCUGUAUGAACUUGCAUAAAUUUAUUUGCUAAAAUAUUCUAUUUAAUGAUAGUUAUUAACAACCAAAUAAAUGGUGA